AUGUCUAAAAAGGGACGCAGCAAGGGUGAGAAGCCCGAGACGGAGACAGACUCUGUGCAGAUGGCCAAUGAAGAGCUACGUGCCAAGCUAACCAACAUCCAGAUAGAGUUCCAGCAGGAGAAGAGCAAGGUGGGUAAGCUGAGGGAGCGUCUGCAGGAGGCCAAACUGGAGCGCGAGCAGGAGCAGCGGCGCCACACGGCCUACAUCUCAGAGCUCAAGGCCAAGCUGCACGAGGAGAAGACGAAGGAGCUGCAGGCACUGCGCGAGGCGCUCAUCCGGCAGCAUGAGCAGGAGGCAGCUCGGACGGCCAAGAUCAAGGAAGGCGAGCUGCAGCGGCUGCAGGCCACGCUGAAUGUGCUGCGCGAUGGCGCUGCAGACAAAGUCAAGACCGCACUGCUGGCCGAGGCGCGCGAAGAGGCGCGCAGGACCUUUGAUGGCGAGCGCCAGCGGCUGCAGCAGGAGAUUCUGGAGCUGAAGGCAGCGCGCAAACAGGCGGAGGAGGCACUCAGCAACUGCAUGCAGGCGGACAAGGCCAAGGCCGCCGACCUGCGAGCUGCGUACCAGGCACACCAGGAUGAGGUGCACCGCAUCAAGCGGGAGUGCGAACGUGACAUCCGCAGACUGAUGGACGAGAUCAAAGGGAAGGAGCGUGUGAUCCUGGCCCUGGAGAAAGAGCUUGGUGUGCAGGCUGGGCAGACCCAGAGACUGCUACUUCAGAAGGAGGCUCUGGAUGAGCAGCUGGUCCAGGUCAAGGAGGCUGAGCGCCACCACAGCAGCCCAAAGAGGGAGCUCCCUCCUGGCAUUGGAGACAUGGCAGAGCUUAUGGGUGGCCAGGAUCAACAUAUGGAUGAGCGAGAUGUGAGGCGAUUUCAACUAAAAAUUGCUGAACUGAAUUCAGUGAUUCGGAAGCUGGAAGAUAGAAACACCCUGCUGGCAGAUGAGAGGAAUGAACUGCUGAAGCGCUCUCGGGAGACAGAGGUGCAGCUGAAGCCGCUGGUGGAGAAGAACAAGCGUAUGAACAAGAAGAAUGAGGACCUGCUUCACAGCAUCCAGAGGAUGGAGGAGAAACUCAAGACCCUCACGAGGGAGAACGUGGAGAUGAAAGAAAAGCUGUCUGCUCAGGCCUCACUAAAGCGACACACGUCCUUGACCGACCUCAGUCUGACCAGAGACGAGCAGGAGAUUGAGUUCCUGAGGCUGCAGGUGCUGGAGCAGCAGCAUGUCAUCGAUGACCUCUCACUGGAAAGAGAACGCCUGCUGCGCUCCAAGAGGCAUCGAGGGAAGAGCCUGAAGCCCCCAAAGAAGCAUGUUGUGGAGACAUUUUUUGGAUUUGACGAGGAGUCCGUGGAUUCAGAAACAUUGUCAGAGACAUCCUACAACACCGACAGGACAGACCGGACCCCAGCCACACCUGAAGAGGACUUAGAUGAGACCACAACCAGAGAAGAAGCUGACCUGAGAUUCUGCCAGCUGACCAGGGAGUAUCAGGCCCUGCAGAGGGCUUAUGCCCUGCUUCAGGAGCAAGUGGGGGGGACACUGGAUGCUGAGAGGGAGGCCCGGACUCGAGAGCAGCUUCAGGCUGACCUGCUGAGGUGCCAGGCCAAAAUUGAGGACUUGGAGAAGCUGCUUGUUGAGAAGGGACAGGACUCUGCAUGGGUAGAGGAGAAACAGGUACUCAUGAGGACAAACCAGGAUCUGCUGGAGAAGAUUUACAGGCUGGAGAUGGAGGAGAACCAACUAAAGAGUGAAAUGCAAGACGCCAAGGACCAGAACGAGCUGUUAGAAUUCAGAGUGCUAGAACUCGAAGAGAGAGAGCGGAGGUCGCCAGCCUUUAACCUCCAAAUCACCACCUUCCCCGAGAACAACAGCAGCGCUCUCCAGCUGUUCUGUCACCAGGAAGGAGUAAAGGGUGUGAAUAUCUCUGAACUUAUGAAGAACUUAGAUAUCCUUGGCGAUAACGGGAAUUUGAGGAAUGAAGAGCAGGUUGCAGUAAUCCAAGCGGGAACUGUGCUUGCCCUGUGUGAAAAGUGGCUGAAGCAGAUAGAGGGAACAGAGGCAGCCCUCACUCAGAAGAUGAUGGACCUGGAGAAGGAGAAGGACUUGUUCAGCAGGCAGAAGGGCUACCUGGAGCAGGAACUGGACUACAGGAAGGAAGCCCUCGACCAGGCCUACCUGGUAGGACCAGAAAAAAUCCAGGACUUAGAGGCCACCUUGUACAAUGCACUGCAGCAGGAGCCAGGGCGGAGAGCCAGCGAGGCACUGAGUGCCAGCCAGCGCGAGGACCUCCAGGCAGCUGUAGAGAAGGUGCGCAGACAGCUCCUUCGUCAGAGCCGGGAGUUCGACAGCCAGAUCCUACGUGAGCGGAUGGAGCUGUUGCAGCAGGCCCAGCAGAAAAUCCGGGAGAUGGAGGGCAAGCUGGAGCUGCAGAGGCGCCAGCUGAAGGAGCUGGAGGAAAAGUUUUUGUUCCUUUUUUUGUUUUUUUCACUAGCAUUCAUUCUGUGGCCUUGA